UUGUACUACUAGAGCUCCCUUGAAGGGGGAAACAAGGCGUGUUCCUUUUCAGAAGGGCGAUAGCUGUUCAAAACUAGAUCUAGGGAUGGGUUUAAAGAGCGAGACAAGUACGUCUAUUGAAAACAAUUUCUACAAGCAAAUUUCAGGGCAAACCAUUGUUUGUAAGAAAGCCUGCAAUAGUUAAGUUAGUAUGUUCAGUUCCAGUGAAAACGUUUGCCUCCAUCUUCUGUACAGUAGCCAGUAGCAGACCAGAGCCUCUCUGCAAAUUCCUCCGGUCCUGUGCAUUCCCACAGCUGAAUCUGCCAACUGUAGUUGUCCUCCUUUUCAGAGAAUCAACGAGGGACUUUCCACACUUUCUCGACGGAAGACUUGAUCACCUUCCACACAAACUGUGAUGGGGAAGGUAAGAAACCUAAUGGUCGCAUUUGAACGUGCAGUUGAUGGCAAUGUCCCAAUCUACUUCAGUGGAGAAACAGUCACAGGGAAAGUGAUUCUGCUGCUUAAUGAAGAAACUAAAAUAAAAUCACUAUCGAUUCUUUUUCGAGGAGAAGCAAGAGUGCGUUGGGAGGAAACGACAGGUAGUGGAAGUGAUCAGGAAACUCAUACCUACACCGAAGUUGUUGAAUAUUUCAACCAGAAAUUCUAUCCACUUGGAGACAAAAAUGUUGAUAGUGUGAAUGCAGAUGGUUCCACUCUUCAUGCAGGACAACAUGAGUUUCCAUUCAGCUUUCAGCUACCUGCAGUACCACUAGUUCCUUCAUUUAAAGGUGAGCACGGUGCUGUAAGAUACUGGAUAAGAGCCAAAUUGCACAGACCGUGGCGAACAUCAACCCAGGAAAUCGCAGAGUUUACUAUCUUCCAACAUGUGGAUGUGAAUCAGCCUGAGCUACUAAAGCCACUGAUAGAAACCAAGCAAAAAAGUGUAGGUUGUCUUUGCUGUGUCUCUGGCCCAGUGUCACUCAGUGUGAGAAUAGCAAGAAAGGCUUAUACACCAGGUGAAACAAUUCAAAUCUUUGCUGAGAUUCAGAACUCAUCUACACGCAAAGUUGUGCCGAGAGUGUCCCUUUGCCAAAUACAGACAUUCCAUGCCGAAGGGCAUACAAAUGUUUCAAAUACAAUUCUUGUAGAAUUUAAGGGAGAACCACUGCUACCUGGAGACACUGAUGUAUGGAAUGGGAAAUCCGUGCUGAUCCCAACAGUGAUUCCUUCAAUAUUAAAUUGUACUAUUAUUUAUUUGGAAUAUUUACUAAAGGUAAGUUGCUGCCCUUUAAUUAAUUAGUACAGCUGUCCUUUG